CUAAGAAAGCGGAAGGAUUAAGCUCCAGUGUAGUUUGUGUACUUUGGUGUUUAACGUUCCCCUGUUUAACAGGACAUAACCCACCCCACCGUUAGUCGUUUAGCUAGCUAGCUAAAACCUUUUCACACCAGAUCUGACAUUGUUAUACAGGGAUUUCUGGAGAAAACAAUACUGAAUGUAAAUUGACUUCGCCAUGGCCUGUAGUCCACCCCCCAAUUUCUCCUGGGUCGAACCUAACAAGUUGGCAGGACUGGCGUUCCCUCGAAUGACUGCCCACUACCAAUACCUUCUAGACAAUGGCAUUCAACACUUGGUCUGCUUGUGUGAGAAAAAGCCACCCAACUAUGAUACCGUCCCAGGAGUGAAACUACACCACAUCAAUAUAAUAGACUUCACCCCACCAACUCCAGAACAAAUUCAGAGGUUUCUGUCCAUUGUGGAGGAAUCAAACGCCAAAGGCGAAGGUGUAGCUGUCCACUGUAUGCAUGGCCAUGGAAGGACAGGGACCAUGUUGGCCUGCUAUCUGGUGAAGACCAGGAAAAUCUCCGGCAUCGAUGCCAUCAAUGAGAUCAGAAGACUACGUCACGGCUCUAUCGAGACACACGACCAGGAGAAAGCAGUGGUGCAGUUUUACCAGCGCAUAAAAUAACUUUGUUUAAAUAAUGUUUAGAGGGGAAAUCACCUAUCCUGUACUGUACACAUCUGUAACUUGACAAAUUGAAGUGGCCAAAUGUUAAAUGUGGCCACAUUUUAUAUAUUGUAGCUGUAUCUCUUCUUUAAAGCUGCUACUCAGGGUUUGAACUACACGUGGACUUUUUAGGAGUGACUAUUUUUAACACUAGGAGGGUGUCCUGAGUUGUAAGGAAAGUAUACGGUACAUCCGCAAUGUAUACCAUGACUGCUGUGCUUCUGCCUCUGCAUUGCUUGCUCUUUGGGGGUUUAGGCUGGGUAACUGUAAAGCACUUUGUGACAACUGCUGAUGUAAAAUGGGCUUUAUAAAACAAAUGACUGAUUUCAUUGCUGUUGAAAAUUUGCCAAAAAAUAAAACAAUUUAUUUAAAAAAUC